UGUCAAUUUCAUGUCAGUUUUCAUAUAAUCUUCGCUAUUUCAUAAAACAAAAAUCAUAAAAAGAAACUUUUUUAACAUAAAUAUUUAAACAUCAACUUAUAUUAACUUAAAUAUAGAUCCACCAAAACUAUCAACAAAAUGUCUUUCGAUGCAAUUCCAAAAGACCUCCGUGGACUGCGUGCUUGUCUAGUGUGUUCUCUAAUAAAGACUUUUGAUCAAUUCGAAUAUGAUGGCUGUGACAAUUGCGAAGAAUUCCUUCGCAUGAAAAACAACAAAGACAACGUCUACGAUCACACGAGUAACAAUUUCGAUGGAAUUAUUGCUUUGAUGAGCCCCGAGGAUAGUUGGGUUGCCAAGUGGCAGAGAAUAGGUCGCUUUACAAAAGGAAUCUACGCUAUUUCUGUGUCAGGAAGUCUGCCAGCGGGAACCAUUAGAGAAAUGAAGAACCGAGGAAUACCAUACAGACCACGUGAUACUAGCCAACGUUAAACUGACAUCAAUAAUAAAAUAAAACAA